AUGGCUCCCGUUGCUACUAUAUCCUUUGCCCGUGCAGACGACCCCGGCGCACGCAAGCUCGAGCUUGCGAGCGACGCAGCCGACGAAAUCAACCUCCGCAAACUCCAGGAAAAGGACAACGCGUACGACGCCUCGCAGUUCGACAAGAACAAGGACCAGGCAGCGUUCAGGCAGUUUUUGGACGAAAACGAGGGCAGUAAAGCCCUCUAUCGGGAGCAGCACACUAAGCAGACCGUCGAAUUCAACGUCUCGGCCCGGAAGAGGGCGUUCGAGAAGCCGCGCGCGGUCAUGGGCAUUUGGGAGGCGAUGGAGAUGCUCAACACCCUCGUCGAUGCCAGUGACCCCGACACGGACGCGACGCAAAUCGAGCACCUCCUCCAGACCGCUGAGGCCAUGCGGGCAGACGGCAAGCCCCGUUGGAUGCAGGUCACUGGACUUAUCCACGACCUCGGGAAACUGCUGUACUUCUUCGAGCCUGAGGGUCAGUGGGCUGUCGUGGGGGAUACUUAUGUCGUUGGAUGCAAGUUUCCCCUCGACAAGAUUGUGUAUCCCGACACUUUUGGCGAGUGUCCCGACCUCAACCACCUCGUCUACUCCACCGAGUUGGGGAUCUACGAGAAGGGAUGUGGCCUCGAAAACCUCCUCAUCACCUGGGGACACGACGAGUAUCUCUACAUGGUCAUGAAAGCGCAGAGCAGCCUCCCGCAGUCGGCGCUCAACAUGAUUCGGUACCACAGCUUCUACCCUUGGCACAGGGAGGGCGCGUACCGCCAAUUCAUGGGACCGGGUGAUGAGGAGGCACUGCGCGACGUUCUCGCCUUCAACCCAUACGACCUGUACUCCAAGUCGGACGCGCGGCCGGAUGCCACCAAGCUCAAGCCGUACUACGAGGAGCUGAUCGCCGAGUUCUUCCCCGACAAGAUCCGGUGGUAA